UAGUUCCGCGCUCAGUCGGUAGGCGGCGGUAGCGUCCCACACGCCCGACGAAGAAGACGCACCAGAAAAGUUAAAGUGGCCAACAUGGCGACCGCGACUCCUAGCUGCCAAAGCAAGUGAAGCCCGAGCUAAGCCCGAACAACCCAGCCAGGACAGCCUGCCAGCGGGCGACUUCCAUGCCUGUCCCCGGUCCAUGGACGUCCCGGAGCCACUGGGACUGUGAGCUGUGAGCCCGAAGCCGCAUGGCGUCCACUCAAGCCCGGAUAGGCCAGCAGGCCCAGGCGGUGCUAGAUGUGGCUCUGCGGGUCCCGUGCAUCUUCAUCAUCGACGCGAUUUUUAACUCUUAUUCCGAGCCCGGACCGGGAUGGGCCGGUACCGUCGGGGAUGGUGUGCUCCGAGUCGUUGGUGUGCUUGUCUCCAGCGUGGUGCUGCUGCUCUCCCAGAAGGCCUUGUUCAAGUUCUACACCCUCUUCCUGGCCGUCGUCUUGGGCGCAGCGGCCGUCCUGGUCAACUACCACGCCACCUCCCACAUGGACUUCUACAGCGCCUACUACAAAGCGGCGCUGGGCUUCCGGCCGCUGCCCAGAAACGGGCCGACCCUGUGGCUGGGCCUGGCCGCCGUGCAGCUGGCGUUCGGCGUGGGCUACGUGUUCCUCUUGGGACUGCAGUCGUCGCUGGCCGCCCUGGUGGUCCUGGACAUCAUGGUGCCCAUGUGGGGGCUCGUGAUCGAGCUGCCCCAGGACGCGCGGCGGGCGGUGGCCGUCUUCUCGGGCGCCGGCCUGGCCCUCAACACGGCCGCGUGCCUGGCCGUGCGGCUCAAGUGGUUCUACUACUCGUGCCGCUACGUCUACCUGCUGGUGCGACACAUGUACCGCAUGUACGGCCUGCAGCUGCUCCUCAAGGACACCUGGAAGCGAAUCCGCUUCCCGGACGUGCUGCGGGUUUUCUGGCUGACUCGCAUCGCGGCGCAGGCGAUCAUCCUGGUCUACGUGGUGCAAGCGGUGCGAAGGGAGAGCGGCGACGCCACGGGCGCCGACGGGAGCUCGGGCUCGCAGGGUUACCUGCUGAGCUGGGACGUGUUGUGCGACGUGACGAGCAACCUGAUCAUCUCCGGCUGCGACUCCACGCUCACCGUCCUGGGCAUGAGCGCCGUCAUCUCGUCGGCGGCGCACUACCUGGGCCUCAGCAUCCUCACGUUCAUCGGCUCGACCGAGGAGGAGGACAAACGUUUAGGCUUCGUGGCUCCGGUGCUGUUCUUCAUCUUGGCUCUGCAGACCGGCCUCAGCAGUCUGGACCCUGAGGAACGCCUGGUCCGCCUGAGCCGCAACAUGUGCCUUCUGCUGACGGCCAUCCUGCACUUCAUCCAAGGGAUGACGGACCCGGUGCUGAUGUCGCUCAGCGCCUCGCACGUGUCCUCUUUCCGCCGCCACUUUCCCGUGCUGCUGGUGUCGGCGGCGCUCUUCGUGCUGCCCGUGGUGCUCAGCCACGCCCUGUGGCACCACUACGCCCUCAACACCUGGCUCUUCGCCGUCACCGCCUUCUGCGUGGAGCUGUGUCUCAAGGUGUUGGUGUCGCUGACCGUCUACGGCCUCUUCAUGGCGGACGGCUUCUCCAACGUGCUGUGGGAGAAGCUGGACGACUACGUGUACUACGUGCGCUCGGCGGGCAACGUGAUCGAGUUCCUGUUCGGCGUGGUGAUGUUCGGCAACGGCGCCUACACCAUGAUGUUCGAGUCGGGCAGCAAGAUCCGCGCCUGCAUGAUGUGCCUGCACGCCUACUUCAACAUCUACCUGCAGGCGCGCAACGGCUGGAAGACCUUCAUCAACCGCCGCACGGCCGUCAAAAAGAUCAACUCGCUGCCCGAGCUGCGCGGCGAGCAGCUGCGACGCAUCGAGGACGUGUGCGCCAUCUGCUACCAGGACUUCGCCGCCUCGGCGCGCAUCACGCCGUGCCACCACUACUUCCACGCGCUGUGCCUGCGCAAGUGGCUCUACAUUCAGGACACCUGCCCCAUGUGCCACCAGAGGGUCAACGUGGACGACGACGGGCAGGACAGAGACGCCUUCUCCAACAAUAACGGGGACUACGCGCCGCCGCAGGAGGCCCCCGCCGCCCCGCCGGCGGAGGAGAAUCCGCCCGCCGACGCCCAGCCGGUCAACAGGGCUGCGGCGGCGGGCGCGUUGGCGGCCGGCGGCCGGCCGGUGUUGGCGGCGGCGGCGGGGCUGGACCACGAGCUGCUGGAGGACAACGACAGCAUCGAGUACGACGACGACGACUGGGGCGUGCAAAACGCCGGCACGCCCGUGGAGGAAGAGUAUUUGAACGAUGACACGGACUCCACAGACGACUGAGGGGGUACAAAAAAAAAUAAUAAUAAUAAUUAAGUUCACUUCAGCUUCUUAAUUGAACAAAACGUCAGGGAUGAUUUAGUGUUUUGGGGGGUUUUACUCCAAAAAUGGGAAUAUGCGUAUCUGUGAGAGCGAGGGAGCGUGAGUGGCAGAGUUUAGCGCCUGUGAGUUCGAGUUUGUUAGAUAGCGAGUGAGAGUAUGCGUGAAGUAUUUGUGAGAGACUGCGUGAACGUGAGCGAGCGAAAGAGCGUGUCAAUGUGAAUAAGUUUGGGAAAGAGCGAGUGAUUGUGCGAGAGCUUGUAAAUGAGAUGGAGUUGUGAGAGAGCGAGAGAGCAAGUGUGUGACAGAAUAUGGAACAUGAGAGAGGAAGAAUGUAAGCGUGUGAAAUGCGUGAGAGCUUGUAAAUGAGAUGGAGUUGUGAGAGCAAGUGACGGAAUAUGUGACGGAAUAUGAGUGAGUGUUUUGUUUUUUUCACUGUAUUUUAGGGGUUUAGUUUUUUUAAUUUGUUUUGUUUAAUUUUAAUGUUAUUUUUAAAUUAUUAUUUUAUUUUUUUUAAUGUAUGCAUUUAUUUUGUUUGUUUGUGUUUUUUUUUUUUUUUUUGGGGGGGGGGGGGGGGGCUGCUUGUGUUGACCAAAUUGUCCCACUAAGGUUUGCACACGAUUUUCCCGUUCUCGCGUCUCCUGGUUGCUGUUCCUUCCGUUUGCGCUAACUUUUUUUCCCCUUGUUGUUGCGGUUUUAAUCUCCGCCGUCAUGAAGUACUCGUCACAUGUCCCCUCUCUCGUCCAAUCAGUGCCAAGCUGACUGAUGACUCGCUACUGGUCUCUUGUGCGACCGUGCCUACAUUUAUGUACGUUCUUGUACAUUAUGGGUUAAACUAACACAUACGCACGUGCUGAAUCAGCGUCUUUUGGUUCUGAUAAGUUAUGUUGGAAGGGUUUCCCCCCCCCAAAUAGAAAAAAAAAAGCAUUAAUGUGAUUCUUUGUGUUGAGCGAAAUCUGUAGAUUAUCAAGCAAGAGGAGUCCAGUUGCCUCCAUCAUGCUCAAGUGAGUUUGCGAUAAUCAUGGUUUUGUGGCCAGAAUUCACCAAAGGAGCCGAAGAAAGUGUUUUGCGUCUCAGGCUCGCCCGCGUUCGAAGAAUUUUACGUUUCGGGGCCGUAAGGUUCAGCUGGUGUGGGCUAAUCAAAUUUGCGUGCAGGCAGGAAGCACUUUUGCAGCAGACACUGAAACUAACGCAAAUCCUCGACGACUGGCACACAGCAAAGCUAUUUUUGUAAAGUUGAGUGUUUUUGAGGCCCUCAGCGCAACGGUGGCGUGAAGGCUUUAAGCACAAAUGUUGUCGUUUUGUGUCAUCACUGCUGUACAAGAAAAAGAACUUGAUUUUUUUUAAUGUUUUUUUGGGGGAAGCUUUUUCGACGAGGCCAAGCUUUUCAUUUUGCCUUUUGGUUGAGGAAAAAAAAAAAUAGAUUUAUGUAAAUAAAAUCAUGUUUGAUAUUG